UCUGUUGUGUUGUAUUUGCAAGAGCCUUCCUGUAGUAAAGGUUCCAACGCUCUUGAGGAUCAUUGCUUCAAGCAAGCCUGUUUGCGUCGACAUGGGGGGUGGUGGGGGGUCUUGUUGUUUCAGGUACCCUUGGAGCUUUAUUCUCAGGGACAACUACAGGAACUCUGGUUUUGAGACUACACCCAUCAAGCUGAAGAAGAUCAAGAAGGGACAACGAGGAGAAUAUGAUAAAACAGGAGGGAAUGUCAUGGAAAUUUUGUAUUGUUGUAGAACUUUAAUUGUGUCAUAAUAUGAGUGUUAUUCAUAUGUCUCUCGUGUGGCUUAAUUAA